AUGAAGUCUGUCGUUCUUUCCAGGUGGUUGACCGCCCUUUCGGCUUGUCUUCUCCUACAACAUGUUCUCGCCAUCGAAGUCAACCCUGACGAUGAGACUUCCCUCCAAGAUGCUGCCAAGACGGUGGCCUCGGCCAUGAUGGAUUUUUACAAUGCUCGCGACUCCAAAGAUAUUCCGGGUAAAAUGGAUGAUACAUGGUGGGAGGGUGGCUCGAUGUUCAUGACCCUCAUUCAAUACUGGUAUUUGACAGGCGACGACCAGUUCAACGAUGCGAUCCAGGAAGGAAUGUACUGGCAAAAGGGCGAGGAUAACGACUUUUUCCCGAGCAACUACUCCCAAUACCUUGGAAACGACGAUCAGGUGUUCUGGGGAAUGGCAGCAAUAACCGCCGCCGAAUUGAACUUCCCCGAAAGAGACAAUGAGCCUUCCUGGGUUUCCCUCGCGGAGGGUGUUUUCAAUGGACAAAUUCCUCGCUGGGAUAUGACAAGUUGCAGUGGAGGAUUGCGGUGGCAAAUUUGGCCAUAUCAAAAUGGAAUCGGUUUAAAGAACGCCAUCUCGAACGGAGGAUUGUUCCAAUUAUCAGCACGGUUGGCACUUUACACCAAAAACAGUACCUAUGCCGAAUGGGCCGAGAAAAUCUGGGACUGGAGCGCAUCUACACCACUGUUGAGAAAGACCUGGGUGAUCGCUGAUACCACUUCUACCGCCGCAAACUGCAAGGACCAUGGUGAUCACCAAUGGACCUACAACUACGCAACAUAUAUCGCCGGUGCAGGCUAUAUGCACAACUAUACAAAUGGCGAGGAAAGCAAAUGGUUGGAAGGCGUGACAGGAUUGAUCAAGACAUCUGAUCAGUUUUUCCCUAAAUCCGGUGAUAAUCAAAUCAUAUCCGACAUCACCUGCGAACCGAUCAAUAAGUGCGAUCGCAACCAGAAGACUUUCAAGGCCUACUUCACCUCCUGGCUCGGAUUCAUGUCGCUGAUCGUUCCGACCGAAAUCACGGCCGACGUCAUGGCGAGAUUCAAAGUCUCCGCCGUUGCUGCUGGUCAGCAAUGCUCUGGCGGCAGCGAUGGAAAGCAUUGUGGAAUUCGUUGGACCAAGAAAGCAGAAUGGGAUGGUACCACCGGAUUGGAGCAACAGAUGUCUGUUUUGGGCGUCUUGAACGCUAACAUGGUUCCUUUUAAGGCCCAGGGUCCUUACAAUGCCGACAAUGGUGGCAAGUCCGAAAGUAACCCACAUGGUGGCAGCAACACCAAGAGUACAGUGGGACCUGAGCCCAUCACAACAGGCGAUAAGGCUGGAGCUGGCAUAUUGACUGCGAUUUUUGUAGUAAUUUGGGCUGGGGCGGUUUCUUGGAUGAUUAAGGGCGCUUGA